AUGCAGAUCGUAUUCAAGCCCGCCAUUGGUGAAAAGAUCACUGUUCCCAUCUCUGACUGCUGCGAUGAGCAGGAUACAGUUAUCCUUCGGUUUACAGCCACUCUAGGGCAUCAGGAGUAUCAACAGGCGGUGGAAGGUUCGCUGAAGGUUCAGCUGUUUUCGGACGUGCCCUCGCCAAAACCUGAGGGCUGGAAGGCCCACAAUUUCGAAAUCGAAGCGGCCCUUCCGGACGGUACCUCUGAAGUCGCUCGGGACGACACCAGGUCGACGUUCAUUGGCCUUGCAGAGCCAGACGACCAGGGCGGGGUCCAUCAGCGGCAACUCGUUUGUUACGUCCCAGUCUUAGUUCGCAACGUUCGAAAUUUCUCGUUCACCUAUCGAAUCCAGUACGCUUCUGGGAAUAUCAGGUGGCUGGGAAGCUAUGGGAAAGACGGUAGCGUGGUUAUAGUCCGCGGUGGGUUGAAGGGUCUGGACCUUGGCCAAGGCUGGACAGACAGUGGGAGGGUUUACGCGCUCGACGCUACCACCGCACCUGUUUCGAUUGCCAGCUUCUCAAACAUCACGGACUAUAGCAUUUGGGCGUUCCCUCGAGACCCGUAUGAUUUUGAGUCGCUGGAAGGCGAUGCAGAGCUGCUGCUUGCCAUCCCCCGGGAGUUUGGGUUAUACAGCGCCCAGCCUUCGUAUGUCAUUCACGCCUCGCCGGGUGCUACCAUGCACAUCGAUUCGGCAGGCUCACUGAUGGCGUAUGGAACUGGAAACGUUACGAUCCACGCAUGUUACGACCUCUCUCGACUACAAUCACUGCUUCACCUGCGACCGCUCCAACGCAGAGGCCAAGUCCAACUUCAAGUGAUGCACGAAAAUACCAUCAACUAUUUAAUGAUUUCAUCGCACAAAACGAAGACGCCCGUGAAGAUUGUUUUGAUUCCCAUAGGCUUGCAGGUGGAAGAGACCCUUGUCAACGUCGGAGUUGCUGGGUUGGCGGAACUGCUGGGAGAGGAGGAUCUUGCCCAAGUCGCUAUCUUUUCGCCCAAGCUAUCAGACGCUCGUUUGAUCCAAGCGCCCUUCACAGACCACGCGGUGACUUUCGUUGUACCCAGAACGGGCGGGGAAUUCAUCCUCAGUCCCGCACACGACUUUGGAACAUCGGCUCCUGGCGAAAGCUCGAAGGGAGCUGAUUGCAAGAUCUCGUUCCUGACCCCGUAUGAUUCCAUUUCACGCGCCUUCGAAGGACAGGUCACCCUUCCUACACCACCUCCUUCACCCCAGGUCAUCCCGAAACCCCGCAAUAAUCGAUCCCAGGUCAGCUUUGCCCAUGUGGACGAAGUCAUCCCGCAGACUGCCCCCAAGCUCGACGAUCCUCCCCAACAAACAUUGCGUAGGAGGGCCAGGGAGGACAAUUCGACGAGUUCGUCGUCUUCCUCUGGGAGCACCCCUUCUCCGUAUCGUCCUGUAGAGGGCCUCAAACGUGGCAUCUUCCACGGCUGGCUCUUUAUCUGGGUGCGGUACAUAAUUCUGUUCUUCAAAAUUCUUUUCAGGAUCCGGGACAAAACCGCUCUUACGGUUGAGGCCCAAAUCGAAGACGACAUUCGGGAAGAAGAGGACGAAGGAAUUGAGGUGGAAGAAAAUUCGUACGAUUCGGAUGGAGACCAUGCCAGACGGGUUAAGCUCGACGCUGACCUUCGAUCUGAGGUUAUUCGAAGGCGACUCGAGGAAGAUCCAUCAGUUAUUCCUUCAGACGAUCGACACGCUACCGUGACUUUGAACCCUCAAACUGAGGAUGUCAAUCCGGCCACAAUCGACGAUGCGAAAAAGCCACUAAUUCCAGAAGGAAAGUCUGAAGAGACAGACACGACGGAUACUCCCAACACGAGUUCGAUGCCCAAUGGCUCGGUUCAGGUUCUUUAUGCCAAAGUGGCUUCGCCUUCCUCAUCCCCUUUCUCUACGACCAUUGGCAAAAAUGUCGACGCUGCGUUUAUUCUCUUCGUCCUCGAGGAUGCACCGCCUGGAGGAUCUCAAGGCGAGGUCCCUCUUUCCAGCCUUGGCAAGGUGCUUACAGUCGAUGGGAACAUACCAGAACAUUUGGAGGUGGCCAGGCUUUCGGAAGGUACGAGCAGACAUGAGAAGAUCAAGGACAAAGGAAGCAUCGACGAAACUAGGUGGCUCAGUUACCUAGUUAGGUUUUCCAUUCCUCUCCGUGAUGGACACGCGGAGGAGGACACAAUUGCCGUGGACGGGGACCUGAGAGUUGUUAAAAUAGCUCAGACUGCUUGA